AAAGCAUAAUUUAAAAGUGGGUGGCAUGGACAUAUAGUUCAUAAAUGAAAAGACACGUCAUUGGCAUUGAACAAAACUGUUUGAAUUAGUGAUUUUAGUUGGCCUUUCAGAAGUGCAAAAUUUAAGCUAAACGCUAUAUCGUCUCUUUGGUAACGGUAUUCCGUUCCCCAAUAUUUACAAAACUUUGCUUUAUAUUUAUAUGAGAUAAUGGUGGAUUGUUUAUCUCCUAUGAAAAAACAAUAUGCUGACUAAUGUUGUAGAAUUAUCACCACAAACAUUGGAAAAAGCUUAUGCAGAAUUGAAUGAGCAUCCACAAUCACGUGAUAACGCCAUUGAAGAGUUAAGACGUCGAAUCCGACUACAAAGUUUACAAGGAUGUCUUGAUGAUGGCUUCUUAUUGAGAUUUCUUCGUGCUAAGAAAUUUAAUCGUGAUAAUGCAUUAAGAUUGUAUAUAAACUAUUAUAUCUUACGAAUACGUUAUCCAGACGUCUUUAACAAUUUGACACCAUCAUUGGUUGAACAUGUUUUUCGUAGUGGUGUUGUCUGUCGUCUACCCCAAUGUGACGCUGAUGGCAGAGCACUGAUCUACUUUAAACCUGGUCUAUGGAAUCCAACUGAAUGGUCAACAAAUGAUAUCUUUAGAGCAAAUGUUCUAGUUAUUGAAGAAUUAUUAUUAUCUUCACCAGAAGUUCAAGUCCAUGGAGUUGUAAUACUAGUUAAUCUAAAUGGUUUUUCAUGGAAACAUGCAUUCCAUUUAAUGUCUCCAUGGUUUGUACAUCGUGCUGUAAAUUUUCUACAAGGUUCCAGUCCUAUACGCGUUAAAGCUGUACAUAUUUUUCACAGUCCUUAUAUGUUUUCAAAAAUCUAUGCAGCUAUGAAACCUUUAUUAAAACCAAAAAAUCAAGCCCGUAUUAUCAUGCAUAACGAUUCUUUGGAGAGUCUUCAUGCUGCUAUCCCUCCACAUCUCCUGCCGUGUAACAGUGGUCUAGGAGGUACAGGACCACCAGUUCCAUCACGUGAGUAUAUUAAUGGUCUAUUGGAAUUGGAAGAUUAUUUCCUUGAAAUGAAUAAAUAUCCUUUUCAUGUCGAUAUUUCCUGAUGGAAAAGUUAACAAAAUAGAAAUCAAUCGAUAAUGCACAAAUAUUCAUCUAUCUGUUUUUUUGUUUUAAUUGGUUAUUUGUAAUUUCAAUUUUUUUGGCGGUCAAUAUAAAGUGCUUAUUUAUUUUUAAACUUGUACACGAUAUAUAAAUAUAUGUAUCCAUAUCUUUUUCAAUUUUGUUUUUAUUCAUUCCUUUAUUCAUUUUUAUUAUACAAAAAAAUUUAUUCAUCGCAUCAUUGAUCAUACUUUAUGCGAUACAGAUAUCUGACGUAAACUGAAACCCAUAAUGCACUUUCCCUUUCUUUGUGUUCAGCAUUCAAUGUGUUAAAGUGUUUCAAUGUCGAAUAAUAUUGUAAAACGUAAUUUUUCUUAUUUUUUUUCUUAUUAUACUCGAGCCUUUCAUUCCUGAUCAUACAAAAAAGAGAUUAAAAAACAAACAAAAAAGAACUUUUCAACUUUUCUUCAAUUUUAUUCUUUUCUUUCCUUUUCUCUUGUCAUUGUAUUGAUUGCUAUCUUGUGUGUAAUUUAUUGUAAAGAAGUGAAAACACAAGAAGAUAAUAAAAUUGAAAAUUGAACUAACGUUUCUUUUUGAAAAAAUAGGCG